AUGCCUGACGAAGCCCUUGAUUUUGGAACCACAGUGAUGGUCAUGCAAAUCACCUGCAAGGCUCCUGGCUGCGUCCCUUUGGAAACUGCCAUCAUCAUUGUAUUUCCGCAAUCUCCAGAAGAAUUGAUUCCUGAUUUACCAGAAAGCAAAGAUGGAGGCUCCUACAAGACCAAAAUAUUGAAACCAAUGGCGGAAGUCACCAAAGACGAUGUGUUGGACUCCUUGCCGUCCCAAUUCACAGGUGGACGAAGGACUAUGGAGAAACUCUGCAUUGGAGCCCGCGAUGUCAUGUUAGCACAAAUCACGCAGCUGUUUGGGGAAGAAAGUGAUAGUACUGUGGGUGAUCGUAAAGCCAUGGCAGAAUAUAUGCAGCUGUGUCUUCAGCAGUACAUUGACAAUGGUUGCAAGCCACCGCCACUUGGAGUACCCGUUGCGAUGAUUCCAUCCAAAGCGCAAAAGGGUGGCGUCACUAUAGACGCUCAAACUGAUACAAAAGAAACUGGCAAGGCUCCGAUCGGCGCCAAGAGUGCGGGGGGUGCCGAAGAGGAGGUUCAAGAGGAAAUGGCGAAUUUGUCAGCAUCAUCAACAACAACCACCACCGUCACCAGUGCACGAGCCUCCGCCGUGAGACAUUCCAACAGGGUGAACAAUUCGAUCAAUCCAACCAGAUCAAUAUCUAACUUAUUCAACCGAGAGCAUGCGCCGGGAAUUCGACAACCAGGUUGCCCUUGUUGUGACCCAGAUAACCCGAACGGUAUAAUGGGGCAAAUGUUGAAUAUUUAG